CCACCCUGGGUGAGCACUUGGAAGGAAGACAAGGCAGGAGUGUUGAGAGGACAAAUCACAGCCAGGAUCCGCGCACCUGCCGCUCAGGCUCCGGCUCCACUCCACCGACGCUCGCCCACAGCAGCGGCUUUGUCAGGAAGCAGCAUCCUGGAGCCUUUGUGGAUUUGCCUGUUUGAUCAUGAAUUUAUCCUGAACACCAGGAAGGUUGCGUUUUUUCGCGGACAGCUCAUCGAUCCCUGCUGUUACUUUCCUCUAGUUAUGACAUCUCUGUCGGAGCUGGCAGCGACGCGCAGGAGCAGCUCUGAGGAAGACUGUCGAUGCUUUUAACGGGACCACGCUCCCUUCUCCCUCCUCCGCUGAAAGAUUCAUUUCGUCCUGCGUCCUCCUGACACUGUGUUCUGUCCAACAGCGCGAUGAAUGAAGAGUUGUUGUGGAGCUGCUGCCAGUGAAGUGUCUCCCCAGGUCCGUCCACCUGUCCGCAAGCACGAACUGUUGUAAAGAGUGCAGGCAUAUGAUGGAGCUUGUGAUGUGUGCCACGAUCAGAGAAAACCUCCAAACUACCACCGCAGAACCCUGUUGGACACCCAUGUCGGCGCUGUGAGGUGCGCUGCUCCUGACGCGGACUCAAGACAACAGAUUUAUGUGAAGAUGAUAUUGUUCCGUAAAUUCAGAGUGCUCAUACUCAUGGUGUUUCUGGUCGCCUGCACCAUGCACAUCAUGAUAGACUUGUUACCAAAGCUGGAGAAGCGGGCUGCCGGCGCGGACAGCGGGGACGGCGGCUGUCAGUGCGCGCACCACCCGGGCGGGGAGGCGCAGGGCUGGGCGAAGCAGCGCGCCAGGUCGGCGGCUGAAGCGGGCUGGCCUAACAAGCACACGCUGAGGAUCCUGCAGGAUUUCAGCAACGAGCCGAGCUCCAACCUCACGUCCCACUCCCUGGAAAAGAUCACCGCCGCCGGGGACAGAGCCGACUCCUUCCGGCGGACCGGACCGUCGGCGGGGAAGGCGGACGACCACAAGCCGCUCAUCGGGGACGCGAGCGGAGGUCGGACCGCGUCCGGCCACGGUGCCUCCCGGCUGGCUGCUCUGUUCGAGCAUCCCUUAUACAAGGUUGACCUUCCUUCCCUCACGGACGAUGACACUUUGUUUAACGUCAACACUGACAUCAGGUUUUAUCCCAAAGCAACAGGGAACCAAGGAUGGCACAAUGAGGAAGGGAACGAGGAUGAGGAGGAGUUCUCUCCCACCGGCGAGGUGACGGCUGAAUCCUACCCCAACUGGCUGCGUUUCCACAUCGGGAUCAACCGCUACGAGCUGUACUCCAGACACAACCCGGUGCUGGACGCCCUGCUGAAGGACCUGGUCCUGCAGAGGAUCACCAGCGUGGCCAUGAAAUCAGGAGGCACCCAGCUGAAGCUGAUCAUGACUUUCCAGAACUAUGGACAAGCGCUGUUCAAGCCCAUGAAGCAGACCAGAGAGCAGGAGACGCCUCCAGACUUCUUCUACUUCUCGGACUUUGAGAGGCACAACGCUGAGAUCGCUGCUUUUCACUUGGACAGGAUCCUGGACUUUCGGAGGGUUCCCCCGGUGGCAGGGCGACUCGUCAACAUGACGAGGGAGAUCAGAGACGUGACACGUGACAAGAAGCUGUGGAGGACCUUCUUCAUCUCACCAGCGAAUAACGUCUGCUUCUACGGCGAGUGCUCCUACUACUGCUCCACUGAGCACGCUCUGUGCGGUAAACCGGACCAGAUAGAAGGCUCGCUGGCGGCCUUCCUGCCAGACCUGAACCUGGCCAAACGCAAAACCUGGAGGAACCCCUGGAGACGCUCCUACCACAAACGCAAGAAAGCCGAGUGGGAGGUGGAUCCGGACUACUGCGAUGAGGUGAAGCAGACUCCUCCGUACGACCGCGGGACUCGACUGCUGGACGUCAUGGACAUGACCAUCUUUGACUUCCUCAUGGGUAACAUGGACCGGCAUCAUUACGAAACUUUUGAGAAGUUUGGAAAUGACACGUUCAUCAUUCACCUGGACAACGGCAGAGGGUUUGGAAAACACUCCCACGACGAGCUGUCCAUCCUCGUGCCUCUCAGCCAGUGCUGCAGGUUGAGGAAGUCGACCUACCUGCGUCUCCAGCUGCUGGCCAAAGAGGAGCUCCAGCUGAGCUCUCUGAUGGAGGAGUCUCUGCUGCGUGACCGCCUGUCGCCCGUCCUCAUCCAGCCUCACCUGCGGGCCAUGGACCGCCGGCUCCGGCUGGUGCUGCAGGUGGUGUCGGGCUGCAUAGAGAAAGAAGGCUACGUCAACGUGGUGGAGGAGGAUCUGGUCGGGGACACGGCCACCCACAGGGGCCCGGGCCACAGGUAGUGAGGCUCCACCUGCAGCCAAUGGACCACGUCUGUGGACGCUCAGCCAAUGGGAUUACACCAAAACAUGAACAAUCCCACUUCUGAUAUCAAGCUGAAUUCAGUGAAUUCCGAGACUUGCCAUCAUUGCCUCAACGGAAGCUGCUUUGAAGUGUGAGAAGCUGUCCACAGCCGCCACAGACAGACUGCCACUCUGAGGCUUUGUACUUGUUAGAUACAGAUGUAUUUUUGUUGUAUACGACAUAAAGGAACCGCCGCUGUGUUCUGGUUUUGUCCUGUUUGUUCCGGAGGCCACCGUGUGUUUUGUUAUAUUAACCAAAUCAACAAACUUUCGCUGACUGGGCAGCGUCAGCUCAGACAAUAAGCUUUAUCACGGCAGAGGAAGGAGACGCUUCCUUUAUUCAGUGUUUUCAUCGAAUGUUUCAAAGAUGAAGUCUGAAUCCGGCUGCCUCCACACAGUGUGUUCUCUUUAUAAUCGAUCUUUAUAAGCUUUCAGUCUUGGCACAGACUCCGAACAGGCCGAUGGAAAACGUUCUUACGUACUUCUACAGAGCGAGUGCAAGUAUUUCACACUGUAGUUCAAACAGUUCCUUCACUUUGCCUUAUUUCAGCUUUGUAUCUCUGUUUCUAUGACCGCCGCCUUCCCUGAAAGUUUAGCUUCACUACAAGACAGAACAACACUAAAACAACGUUCUGCAAACCAAAAACCUUCUAGAUGUGAAGACUGGAGGCCGCUGAUGUGCUGCUUCGUGUUCACAGACCAACAUCCAGGAACCUGAAACUGAAUUUAACAUCAUUUCACAGUUUGUGUGUUGUUUCAUUUUAUGAGAUUCCAAAUUACUAUUUAUUGGUGCGUCACAAAGAAUGAAAAUGGUUUCAUACGUUUUGAGUUCUGGUUCUGCUUCGUGUUGCUUUAUAUUUUAGAGACUUUGGGUGAUUUAGUAUUUGGAGACUGUUUAAAUUGGCAUUCCUUUGGGUGUUGUUUUAUGUUCAGAUGAUAGAAAAACAACAGAGCUGUUUGAUUUUGAACAUGGUGUUGUUGAAGUGGUGCCAGUGCAAUGUUUCCUCCUCAGAGUCCUGUGUACUGGCUGACCCAGUACCUGUGCAAUGACAGAAAUACAGUACUUGAAUGUUUUUGGGUUGGCAGUAUGGACAGGAUUCACAGAGCUACAGACAGCCUGAGAAGAAGCUUGAGGGUGACAUCAGGGGUUCACACGCCUCAUCCAACCACAGGGAUCACCACCGGCACUGCUCCUCGAUUUUCAUAUUUCCACUGUAAAUACCUAUAAAUACUUUGAAGACCUGUCGAGCUGCACUGCACAGUGAUUCGCUUCUGUUUUCUGCUCUUGCAUUGUUACUGUGAAGAUCUGUUUACUAAAUGAUUAAAGUGUGCAAUAAAACAAGGGUGAGGACAAA